AUAUCAUAAGGAUAAGUUCCCCAAAUUACACAAGCUAAAUGAAUGCAUAAUAUAAAAUCCAACGAGUGGAGUGAACUUAACUCAAUUUCAUUCCAAAUCUGCCCUGUUGUUCCGACUUUAUCUCGGACUAAAUUCCAGAUAAAAACCCUGACAUCAUCGCUUAUUCUACACACGAAGCUCCAGUUUUUACAUAAAAUACAAUGAACUCCCUCGUAGAAAUUAAAAAUUUCUUGGCCCCCGCUUCUACAUUUUAUGAUCAAAAGUUCGAAUUUAUAUUCGUUCUUGAUCGUUCGGGCUCAAUGAGUGGAAGCAAAAUAUUAUUAGCUAGGAGAGCAUUAAUCCUCUUCCUUCGUUCUCUACCAACAUCUUGUAUGUUCAAUGUUGUCGGAUUUGGUUCAACAUUUGAGCAUCUCUUUCCCGAUAGUGUGGAAUAUUCAGAAAUUGCACUUGAAAACGCGAUUAAUUAUGCAAAAGAAAUGAAAGCCAACUUAAGUGGGACUGAAUUACUUGAGCCUCUGCAGAAUAUAUACAAUUCGAAACAACAUAAUGGUUAUCUCACACAAAUUUUCGUCCUUACUGAUGGAGAAGUAAGCAGGCCUUCUGAUGUCAUGAAACUCAUUGAAGGAAGAAAACACCGAUGUCGCGUUUUCUCUUUGGGGAUAGGACGAGGUGCAUCGAGAAAGUUGGUGGAUGGUAUUGCUCAAGUCGGGGGUGGCACCAGCAUUUAUGCAAAUGACAAUGAAAAGAUAGAAACCAAAAUUUUGCACCAGCUUAAAAUAGCAUUGCAACCGUCGCUCUUAAAAGCGAUUCCAGUAUCGGCACGUGGAUGACCAAAAAAGCAUGCCUUACAAUUUUUUUUAAGUAUUUACAUAUUAAGUAUUUAAUAUAAAAGCUUUCUGCUAAAUAAACAAAUUUAAAUAAAUACAAAGUUCCUUAAAAGA